AUGUCGUACGAAGAUCCUUCACAACCUGGUUCCUUGGGUAAAGUCAGUGCAUUUGCUAAAGCUCGAAGUAUUUCACGAGAAAAAGCACAGAGACAACUUCGACAAAAAUUGAUUUAUACGUUGCACAAACUUCGUCGUCGUCGUUUUCCUACAUUACCUCCUUGGUGUUUGGUAUAAAUGAACAGUUUGUAAUGGACCUCGUCGACCUCCAGAAAUUAGCUAAAUGGAACAAGGGUUAUAAAUAUUUACUCACUGUGAUUGAUGUUUCAUCGAAAUAUGCCUGGGUAAAAAAGUAAAAGUGCCGCACAACUGGUCGCUGCUUUAGAAAGGUUACGGAAACGAACAUCGCCUCUACAUCCUGAGAAAGUGCAGACGGACGCUGGAAGUGAGUUCUAUAAUUCCAAGGUGCAAGCUUUUUUAAGAAACAUAAUGUGACUCAUUUUUCCACGGAUGGAGAUCCUCAUGGCUCCGAGUUUGAACGUUGGAAUCGAACGUUGAAAACGAAAAUGUUUCGUUAUUUUACCGCUAAAAACACUCUAAAGUAUAUUGAUGUAUUACCAGCUUUAGUAAAAGCCUAUAAUCAUUCAUUUCAUUCCAGUAUUAAAGAAAAACCUGUGAAUGUGACCCCCAAAAACCAGCUGGACAUUUGGUACAGAUUGAAUAGGAAACGAAUAAGAACGGAGAAAAACCCAAAUGUUAAGUAGGAGAUAAAGUGAGGUUGAAUAAUGUAUAGAUUUAGCCAGGGCUAAAAGCGAGGCUCCCAUUAAUAAAUUUAUAAUGUAAAUCAAACAAUAAGCUUGUAUUCCACAAUUCAGUUAGCUUUAAAGCACAUUCAUGUGACUUUUAAGGGAAAGGCUAAGUGAUUUUUGUGAAAAAUUUUUUCAAACAGCCCAAGAUAGCCUCACACGUACACCCCCAAAAUAGCAAUCAUUUUGGAUCACAUUUAACAGCCAUAAUGGCUCUUGAUCACCGUAGACUAAUUAGGCCUGGAAAAAAAAUCAGGCCAAAUUUUUUUGCGUUCAACAAGUUUACUUUACAGAAUAUUGCUAACAAAUCUGGGUGCGUGUAAAACAUAAACAUCACAUCUGAGGUGAAACAGUACUAUGAGGGACUAUUUUUAUCACACAGACCUCGGACAGAAUGCAGUAUUUCACAAUUUUGCAAUACAAGGUGCACUAAUUCAAUAUUCAGGACGAUCGAUCGAAGCACACAUGGGCUUUUCGCUAAACAGUUAAAAAAAUUUCCAAAAUCACCUAGUAUAUAUGGCCAGCCGGUUCUCACUUUUGUAGGGCGAGCUGUGGUCGUGUUUGAAUGAACAUUAAUAGAGUUACGUUUCAACAUGAUGAAGAAUUUAUUAUAGUUAUUUUUUAUUUAAUGGUUUUAUCGAUCUGUAAUCUUCAAAAGCGUUUGAUACGCGCGGCAUUUUGAGUACCUCCUGCAAGCGAUGUUCACUGAACGACUGAAAACAAACGACACAGCGAUUAAAAUUACAUGAGAGACUACUAACAAUCAAUAAAAGAAAUAUAAUUCGGUAAAAUAUAUACAGAGACAACCAUUUUCAUUCUCGAAGACAAGUAUUAAAGUGUCUAAAAAAAUCCUGAGUCUUCAAGCUUAAAGCUUAAGUUUAUGUUUUAAACCGGCUUCCCUGUGUUUGCUUCUUUUCAAAGAUGAACUCGAGGCAAGAAAAUCGCUCAAAGCUUUCUUUUACAGCCAGAUUUAUAACUAAAUAUUCUUUGGAACGUUUUCUUUCUACUCUGCAGUGAGAAAAUGUCCAAAGGUGUUUUAAAGUUCUGUAAGCUUAUAUCAAAACUGAUACACGGUCAUAUCAUUGUCUCAAAUCUUACAAACGUGCAUAAACAAAAUAGCCGCAUAAACUAGGCUCGACUUCAUUAAAUUAGAUAUAAAAAACAAACAUCAAAUACAAUAAUUACUCAGGCUUACCAUUCGAGAUACAGCCCUGAAAGGUAUCAAGUAAGGCCAGUAUCGCUUCAGACUUUGCAACCCUCUUACGCAUCAACCAAGGUGAAAAACGAAAACGAUACCAUCCGAAAUCGGAUUUCCGACUUUGACAAGUGACGUAUUUCUCAACCAAAAACCCAAUAAACAAACUAGCCAUGAAUAACAGAAGACUCCUGAUAGCAGCUGAAUUUCAUUUUGUACAUCCAGUGGAAAAAGACAGUUAAAAACAUCACAAGUUGACACAAAAGUCUGUCAGCUUCAGCUGUCAAAGUAAACAAGAUUCAAGAUGCUGCAUAAAUUUUCCGCAUGAACUCACCUGUCAAAUUUUGACCAAUCACAGCAUAAAAAUUGGACGAAGAGCGUGACCAACGCGUGAUCAUGGUGAACAAAGUCAAAAGCAGCCGUCUUCCCUGCCUGUAAUAGCUGGCUGAAUUUUCGCGUACGAGGUCAGUUUGAAAUCAAAAUUCUAAUUGUGCAGCAGAAAUACACGACAUAUAUUUCAUAUGAAUCUAAAAAAUAAUAAACUUGAGUCUGCGAUCAUUUGAAAACUAGUUACUUGUCAGCGGAUAACUUCAAAAAAUACUUGACCUCAGUGGGUCGACACCUGAGCCCGCAAUACGGUCAAGUGAUACUGGUCAGCAGAUUCCCUGUUUUGGCAGCUGUCAAUUGAUCGCAAGAUUCAUGUCCAAUAUGCGUGCAUUAUCAGUUUUCCUGUGCUCUCAAACUAGGUAGAGAGUAUAAGAUUGAACAUUGAUCGCUAUCUAGUAAAACAACUGGUCAGCGGACAGCUUCCAAAUAGACACGUCACUUCGAUGAGUUGACACAUGAGCCUGCGAUAUGGUCAUGUGAUACUGGUCAGUGGCUAUCCUGUUUUGACAGCUGUCAAUUGACCAUUUUGUGAAUGUCCAAUGUACAAGAUGUAGAAUUGCCAAGACACGACUGAGACACCCCUUCCUCGCUUUUGAUAGUCUCCCCUACCCCACCCUUACAAUCUGUAGACGCGUACACUCGGUCAAUCACGUGACAACCAAACGAAAAGAGGAUGACCAUAUUCCAUGAGUAUGGGGCUCCGUCAGCGCGCAUGGGAGCCCCGCUAAAGAAUUUUGCCCUUUUAAAAAAAAUAUCAGCCUGGAUGGACCGAAGAGGUCUUUUUAGCUCAGCGAAUUGCCACCACCAAACCUGUGGUCACUUAUGAGCUCACGGAAUGGAACGACACGCCUAUAAAAGGGUCGUUCUAUGAACAAGAUUUUCAAAAAGUGGUUGUGCCCGAUGAUGCUUUAUUUCGUGUAGACAAAGUGUUGAAACGCCAAGGAAAUCAAGUGUUUGUCGCUUGGAAGGGGUGGCCUAAAGAGUAUAAUAGUUGGAUUUGGAAAAAAGAUUUANCACGCCUAUAAAAGGGUCGUUCUAUGAACAAGAUUUUCAAAAAGUGGUUGUGCCCGAUGAUGCUUUAUUUCGUGUAGACAAAGUGUUGAAACGCCAAGGAAAUCAAGUGUUUGUCGCUUGGAAGGGGUGGCCUAAAGAGUAUAAUAGUUGGAUUUGGAAAAAAGAUUUAGUAUUAUGA